AUGCCAAUUUAUAUUCAUAAAUCCAUUACUUUCUACAGUGAAGUUAGUUUCUACCGAAGUGCAAUCGACAGGUAUUUUUUCUUUUCUUUUUUUGGCACAUGUUGCGGUGUUAAUUCAUAUCUAUCUAUCUAUCUAUCUAUCUAUCUAUCUAUCUAUCUAUCUAUCUAUCUAUCUAAGUCUCUUCAUAUCUUCAUAUCGAAGUUUCUUUAUAUGUAUAUCUAUUUCAAUUUCUACAUAUUCAUCUAUCUCAUUCUGUUCAUAUCUAUCUAUCUAUCUAUCUAUCUAUCUAUCUAUCUAAGUCUCUUUAUAUCUUUAUUCGGCAAGCAUUCUUUCUUUCUUUCUUUCUUUCUUUCUUUCUUUCUUUUCCUUAAUGUCUCCUUCAUUGAAAAUACGCUUUCGCUUAAUCAAGCACCCAUAUUUUCCGGCUCUUUUCUUCUGUCUAUUUCUAGAAGCCUGUGA